AUGAGUGAUGCCCUCGCGAUACUUGACGGUGCCGUGGCGUGUGUGUCGGCGUUGCUGAUGCCGGAGGAGUUGGAGACGUUGAUUAAUUUCUUGCGUGGGGAAUCGUGGGAUGAAGUGCCACCGCCCCCAGCACCGCCAGCGUCGUCAUCGACGACGGCUCGCACCACGGCGGCUGCCGGGGAUGUGCGCUGGCGCAUUCCAAAUGUGCUCACAGGCUGCUACAACUACCUCCCGCUGGCCAUCGUCGCGGAUGUGUCGCUUGUUUCCGCCUCCUCCUCCGGCGAGCGAGCGGCGCUCGUGCACAACUUUGAGCGACACGAGUUCCGCGUGUUUGCCGUCAACCUGCUGCCGGAGGGCUGCCCCGCCGAGAAUGCCCUGCGUCAAAAGUAUGGGAGCAGCAGCGCCAUUGUCCGGCUGAGCUGCAUGGAGGCGGCGCAGGCCUGGUGCGACGCCGUGUACGCCGAGAGGGACGGUCUCCCGGCCCGAAGCCCAACGCUGGGCAGCAAACGCGGCCGGGAGGAAGCGGCCGCCCCGCCACUCUCCUACAUGGCGCGGCGGCAACACACCUCGGGGCCGCGCACGCGGCGGGCGCUUUUUAUCUUGCGCUGCUGCGCCAAUGAAAGCGCCGCACACCGCGAGGACGUGAGCCGAGCCCGACGCUCCUGUGACCCGCUGAUGCUGCUGCUCCACGACAUCAGUGCCCUGGCGGCGCUGUGCCGCGCCAGGGAGGCAGCGCACCGGGCCCGGAUCCAAUUUUCCGUCCUGCUGCUUCCGGAUGAUCUUGCCUACGGCGGCGCACUCUUGGCGGAGGCCCUGCGUGAGCCGCUGAGUCGUGAGUACUGUGUGCAGCUUUUUCGCGGGUCUGCCGCUUCCGCGGCACGGCGCGACGACGCGGAGCUGACGGCGUUCCUUCGUCGCCUUGAGACUUGGAUGAAUCUGCCGACGGCUCCCCCGCACCCCGCUGACGCCGAGGGAGAAGCGAAGGCCGUGACGGAGCAAGAACAACGGCACCAGCAGCACCAGCAGCAGCAGUGUGGAGCCGCGGACGUCGAGGCGGCGGAGAGAGUACGGCAGCGGGAGUCAGAUUUUUUCUUUGUGCGGCGCGACAAUCUGCCGCUCUGUUGUUUUUUACGGGAGGCGCUUCGUCGUUUCCCUGUCAUCCUGCACCCGGUGGCGCUCCGGCAACUUCAGGCGUUGUGGGCGACACGGCGGCAACUUGGCGAUGUUGCCACGGGCCUGCACGCGCUGCUCUGCCCCUUCGCCCACUCCGCGUCUGCGCGCGAGGGUUGCGCCUCCUCCACAGUGGCGCCGCCUCCCGCAGUUGCACCCGCGACGGAUACCGCGGCAAAUGGGGGUCGAAAUGGGAACGACGGCAUGUGCCGUCACGCAGACACCGUGGACAUUCUCAACGCCGUCUUGGUCACGGCGGGGCAGUUGGCAGAUGGAGACUUGUUGAAUGAGGCGGUGGCGUUCGCAGUGUUGUACGAAGACGUUGUGUGGAGGCGGCCGACGCGGCUGCAGCGCAUCCCAGGAUUUGUCGCGGUGCUCGAGCGACUCUGGCGGAGGUGGGGCAAUGAGAGCAGCAUGGACUUCCACGCUGCGUUGGCGUCGUGUGUGCCGGUGUACACGCCUAGUAGCACGCUUCAGGAUGCGUCUUACCAGCGCCCGGGUGAAGCGGCGGCGGAGGGGGCGAGGGCGGUUGUUGUUCUCCCCGCACCGAUGCGGGUGCCUGCGGCAAAGGUGCCGCUUGGGGCGGAGUUGAUGCAUGCCGCCCUACUUGCUGUUUUGCCGCCGCAGGAGUCCCUAGAGGAGCUGAGGCGUGCUGUGGGCCAGUGCGGCAGCCAUGGCGGCCCGCGUGGGGAGGCGGGCGAGAACUCGCGCGACCGCGCCUGCGCGGCGGCGGCGAUGCAGGGGUCGGCGUUGUCGGAGAACAACUUUUUUAACCCCUCCAUUCCGAACUCCGUGCGGCUGCUGCACCUUCUCACCGCCCAUGCCUUGGGGCAGGGGAGCUGCAGGCAGAAGUACGUUUCCUUCGCGGUGCUGCAGCGCGUUUGCCAGAUCUCCGACGAGGCGCUGGUGCGGGCACUGAAGGAGCUGCAGCUUGCGGGGCUUGUGAAACUCGACGGGAGCGGCGCCAAGGCCCGGGCGGCGCUGGACGGCUGA